AUGGUUUCGUAUAAAUUUAUCAUAUUUUUGUUUAUAUCGGGCAAAUUCACUAUAGUACACUCUCUCAGGAAUCUUGCCGAGCUUACACUCACUACUCAUGAUACACAUCAACUCCAAGAAACACCUACUCACGUUUCAGAGACUCGAGUACAAGAGGGUGAGUCACAAAGUCAAAAAUUAGCAGAAGGAUCGGAUCAAUUACAACAACAACAAGAAUCCCAAGUACCUGAAGCUCCUGCUGAGGCUUCCCAUGAAAGCGUUAAUCCAGAAAAAAAGGAAGAUCUCCCUAAGGAACAACCAGAACCUUCUGUUACAUCUCAAGAAGAACGCACUUCUGAUAAUGUCCAAGGAUCAGUUGGUGGUGACGUAACCGAAGAACUAACUCCCCAAUCUCCAGAAGCUAAAAAUACUUUACAAGAAGUUUCAGAGGGUUCGGUAACUCAAAAUGGUGAUCGUAAUGAAAGAAAGGAUGGACAUACAGAACAGGCAAAUGAACUUAGAGCAGAGAGCUCAGUUGGAACCGAACCAACGGUCAAUCGACCCGAAGUUGGAACCAGUGAGCCAGGAGAAAAGGGGGUUGAUGAAGAUACUAGAAAUACUGGAGAAUCUGGAGCUAAGGGACCCGCUCUUCAAGCAGGUAGCGAUGGGCCCCCGUCUGAAUCUGGACAGUUACCCGGGCAAGGUAAAACAUUAAGUCCACCUGCUACAACUACACAAACACCUGCUACAACUACACAAACACCUGCUCCUACUCAAGCACCUAGUCCUCCUGAUUUAGGAUCAGGAGGCGCAGGAUUAUCCAGUACAGUUCAGGCAUCACCAAGUAGUCCUGGAACUGAAUCUUCUGGUCCCACUGUCACAAAUGCUCCUACCCCGGCAAGUGGGUCGAAUACUGGAACAGGGGUUACAACUGGUAAGGUGUUGCCAUCAGUUGAUGCCGUUGAAGAGUUACCUUCUAGAGAAAGUGAUUCGUUAAUACAUCCAUUGAUGCCAGAUGAACAUAUUGUUAUACCUACUAUUGCACAUCAAACUGGAGUUAACACAAUGGUUAGAUCACAAACCAAACAAGUUCCAAUCAAUCCCAUUCCUAACGCUACUGGUAACAGAUUAAGUCCAACUCCAACUACCAAUACUGUAACUCCAAACCCGGUAGCCCGUAAUAAUGUAGUUCCAGCUGCAACUCCAACCCCAAAUGUAGCCGUUAAUCCCCCUGUUCCUGGACCUGCAGCAAAUGAUGGAGUAAAUAAAGAUACUGGAGUAAAAAAUGUGUUAAUGAAUGUGUUGAGAGAGUUGGAAACGAGUUUAAAUCAGGUAAAUGCAACUGAAUUAGUACGUCCUGAAGCACCAAAUAAACAGUCUUUAUGUGAAGUCUUGAAUACAACAAAUACUAACAUUUGCGCAUCAAAGACUAACAACGGAACUAACAGUGGCGUCCCUGCUAAUCCUGAGCUGUUAGGGUUGGUGAAUAGAUAUUACGUAAACAACGCCUGUGUUACUGAGAACUCACUGAAUCAAUUGUACAAUAGUGGCGAGUUUUCGUACAAAUUGUUGGCCAAACACUUGGAUCAGUUUAACAAAAAGGCGCCAAAUAAAACAGUCCAGACAGUUUAUGACAAGUCCGUCCCAGUGGUAACAAAGCUGACUGAAUUGUUUAAAGAUGCCGAAACUGCUUUAGUGUCAGACAAAUUAAAGAAAUUGUUGGAAAAAAGAUAUUCAGUCCUGACCACAGCACUUUGCGGAGUCGCAAACAGUGAACAAGACUUUCUUUCAAGCACUGAACUCAAUAAUAAUCGUGUUACACUUUCACUCAACGAAGAAGAUUUUAUUAACCAGGCGACGAAAGAAUUGAUGAAGGCUUAUGAGCCUAUGGUGGAAUUACUGCGAGAGUUUAAUACGCUGUUGCCGAAGCUGUUUGAACUGUUUGAGGAAGGCUUUGAGAACAAAAUAAACUUAGUUUCUUCUUUGGCGCAUGUUAAGCCUCAGGAAUCCGUUCCCCCUACGACUGUUAAUCCCGGCGGAAAUGCUCAACCUCCUUCUGGUGCUGGUCUAACCCCAAGACCCCCUGUUACUGGUGGUACGACCCCAACUACUGCGGCUCCAGCUCAUGCCCUUAUCCAAUUUGUAGAUGAUCAGGAUAGAGAAAUAGCUGCAGUUCACGGUCACCCAUCUUUAAUUCAAAGGAUUAGGUCUUUACUCCAGAUUAAUGGCCUCACUACUAGUGAUCCCGCUCCCGCACCUAAAGAACCAGCUCCAACCACACCAAAACCACCAGCCGCUGGUGUUCCUAGUGUUAGUCAGCCUAGACCAAGUUCUCCACCUGCACACCCUGGGUCUGGCGUAACUCCUUCUAAUGGAUUAAGGUUGCUUGAUAGAGCAUCAACGGGAGGUGUUAAUGUGGAUCAACACACUCCUAGGACUGCUACCUCAGGUUUAUCGUCAACUUCACUCCCAGCUGCCCCAGCUCCUAGUAGUCCAGGCGCUGGAAAUCUUGGACCAAGAGGUGUGGUUUCCACUCCCCCUGGUACUGCUGGUCCUGGAAGUGAAAGCGAUGAAUCUGAUGGCGUAUUUGGAAGCCUCAAGAAAAGGCUUAAGUCUCUGGUGUCAAAUUCACCAGGUAACCCCCAAGCACCAGGCAAGAGAGUACCACAUGAAGUUGACGAUGAACUCCUAAACACAGCCUUUGCACAAUUUGAACACCUGGGAAUCUUCAAAACUCAAAAUAAUAAACUAGUUCCUGAACUCGAUGAACAAAAGGUUAAAACACUCGUUCGAUCCAAUUUACUCUCACUCAAUGAGUUCGAUUCAAUGUAUAAUUUGGUGGUUGGACCACAGCGUUCAAUGCACGGAUUAUACGAAUUCGUGGAGCAUUUAUUAUUGUCUCCGGACGCUGAUGAGAAGAUUUCAGCUUUAAACGACAAGAAGUUGAUGGAACAAAUCAACGCAGUCGUUACCCCCUUAGAAGAUUUGUAUGAACAAGUCAAGUCAAACUCUAAUGAUUUAAAACUCAGAAUGCCAAAGAUACCAGUGGAUGAAACUGUAAAGGUACAAAGAGUUAAAAGAGCAGCAGCUGAACACAGGCCAAGUCCAGCAGGAACAAACUUCCAGGUGGUUUCAAACUCAAGCGGAGUUAAAGUAUCACAAGAAGGCCAGUUAUCUAGGAUAAAAAACCUCUUCAAACCACUUUUAGGAAAUGUAUGCCCUUUCCCAUUUUUCAUUUAA